ACUGGACUUGUCUACAGACAUUAUCAAGAUCUCAAAGAUGAAGUUUGUUUUGUUUCUCUUUGCUGUGGCCACGGUGACAUUGGCCCAGGAUCCAGCAGUUGUCACCAGCACACCAGACGUGACAACCGUCAAAGCCGGUGGCGUGUGUAGGAAAGAUGGUGACUGUGGGGAAGGCUACUGCUGCGUGAGCCACGCCAUGGGUUUCAAGCGACGGUUUAUUUUCUUGGACGGUUCCUCAUCCUUCUUUGGCCACCAUGACACUGGGCGGUGUGAACCAGAGCGCAAGGAGAAUGAAUCGUGUUACGUGUUCAUGGUCCACGACAUCUUCAACCCGAACCUCGAGGAAGGAUACUGCCCCUGUAUGGCAGGACUAGAGUGUCGCGGGGAAACCGUGGAAGAGAUCGGAGGAAGCAUCAUCCAUCACAAUCCAAAAUGUCAGCCAAAGCAAGCCAGUCCAUGAUGGAAGUUUAAAGUUUGGGGAUUGUAACAGUUAUACCUACUUCUAAAUUGUCAAUGAACAUAAAAUUUUGACAGAU